CAGACCUUUGGAGGCUGGACCUAUGAGAGGGAGCAGGGACAGGCUAAGAGCAGUGUGUUGCCCUCGAGACUGAAAGGAAGACACUGUCAGGGGUCAGGCCCUAUCCCUUUUUCUCUGCUCUUGCUACAUCUGACUGAUGAGGACUUAAGCCACGAUAACCCUGCCAGUAGCAGCUAACUUUAUUGAGCACUUACUGUGUGCCCCACCCUGCUCUGUAGCUAUUCACUCUACCACCCUCUGAGGCAGCGCCCUUCUAGUCCCAUUUUACAGAAAAGGAGGCUGAGACUCAGAGGAAAGAAGUGGCUUGCCAGGGCCACACUGUUGGUUCAGUGGCAGAGCCGGGAUUUGAGCUGAAUCCCGGAGGCUUUCCAGGACAACAUUAGGGAGGGCUGGUCUCUGUGGAUUGGCCGCACUGACGUGGUGGCCACGCAUCCUGAACCAUGGUUUCUGUGCAGCUAGCAGUCAUGGGGUGGUCCUCCCCCGGGGCAUUUCCGGGGGCUCCUCUUCAGGGACAGAGCUUCCUUGUUCUCUGAUGCCACAGCUGCAGGCCUCCGCGGGCUCCCCCACCCUCUCCGGAGAAACUAGUUUUAGCACCAGGAGAGGGACCCCCUGUGACCGCCUGGUUUGGGGUUGUGAUGGGCUGUGGCCCUGGGAGGGGUUCUCAGCCUGGCCCUGGUGGUCUACGGGCCCUGGGUGCUGGGGUCUGGAGAAGCAGUGGGGAGGACAGGCAGGAGUCCCAGGUGAGCAUAGAGAAGGGGACCUGAAGUCUGUGGGGAGAAGGAUGGGAAUGAGGGGCCAUUCUAGAACUCCCAGAGCCCUUUGCUGCACGCCCUGCUCUGGGAUGUGGCUUCAGCAGCGGAGGCCCUAGACCUCCUGGUGUUCAAACCAGCCUUGACUGGACCCUCAGCCCAGGCUGGCUGGCAGCAUUCGAUGGGGGUGAGAACUGUAUUUGGGAGUGAGUAACCCCCUAGCCCCAACAGGAGCCCCAAACUUGACCCAGCAACCCGAGCAGCCUUGCUGAAGAGCCAGGCCCCACAGGGUGACAGGCAGGUCGGGGGGCCAUCUGGGUGCUCCCCUGGCUUUGGGUUCCCACUCCAGUGGGCCUGCUUAGAGCCCAAUGGGUGGAGGUUGUGGACAGGUCAGGGCACCUUGAAGUGCUAUAGAAUUGGUGACCACAGAGGCCAAGACUCAGAAGAUGUUUAGGACCAAGGAAUUGUAGAUACAGUGUAUAACUCUUGAGCCCCAGACUCAGAAUCAGAGACCACCCCCCAAAAGACCCAGAGUCCCCGAACCAGGGAGGCAGGGAUGGUGGUACCUUUGGGUCCCAGACUGGGAGGCUCAUGGAGUCUCCCACACAGGCUGGGAUUAUAAUUGUCCCCGCUCUGGGGUUCCCUCUGGCCUUGAAAACUCCAGCGCCCAGUGAGAACCUCAGCUAGAGAGGCAGGGAGGAGGGUGAGUCUACCAGGGCCUGUGCCACCUGCUCUGUUCCUGAUGGAAUGCAGACCCUGGGCAGCCACAUCUCCCGGGGUUUUCAGUGGAUUCCAGAAAUGGGGAUUUUAAAAAUAAAAUCUCCCAAGUUUUCAAUUUUGGCAACUAAUUAAAAAAAAUUUUUUUAAAUGACUGUCCAGAUGAGACAGGAUUCCACAGCAUCUCUUGACCAGAGCCUGGUGCCACGGAGGGUCAAAGACACUGUGUAGCAGUUAUGAGACCUCAGUUUCCACCUCUGUAAAGUGGGAAUAAUAAUAGUACCAACUUAUAAGGUUGUGCCAAGGACUAAAUGAAUUAACUUGAGAAGUGCUUGGGCCCAGACUAUAGAAGCCCAGGACCCUGUUUUCAGCUUGCCGUGGGCUGCGCGCCCCCCUCCCACCAGGCUACCUCUGAAUGGGCCUCACUCUCUGUCACCCAGAGCCUCUGCUUCUGGUGGGCCCCUCAUAUGCCACUCUGCCUUGGGACAGCCCUGAGGAUGUUGGAAGGUAGGGAAAUAUUCACCCCCUGGGGCCCUAGAAGAGGAGCAGGUGGAGGAGGCAGAGCCGGGAGGGUGGGCCUAGCUGGCGCCUAGUACAUAGUAGGUGCUCCAUAAAUGUUUAUUGAAUGAAUGAAUGGAGGCCAUGCAGGCAGAGGCAGCUGCGCGUGCACAGGCACUGGUGAAAGAGCGGGUCCAGUGGAGACUGGAACCAAGUGACAGAUGGGUCUCUUCCUUCCUGCCCCCGUCUGACUCGCUCCCCCCUCAGAGCUCCACUCUCCAGCCUUCCGUGGGGAUCGUCUGAAGUUCUGAGCCCAGAACCCAAGGAGGAAGGAGAGGAGGAGGAGGAGGAGGGAGAGGAAGUCAAGCCCUGAGAGCCUGUGCACCUUCCCAGCAGAAGAGCAACGCGGGAAGCAGGCUGUGGGGCCCAAAGUCCCCCUGGCUCCAGCCUGGCCCCAGUGCCCAGCGCCUGCUGGUAGCUCCCUGGAAGGCCCCCUGGCUGUGCCUGCCUCACCUGGGGCCUCUGUGCUGGGGGUCGCCCCCAAGAUGGUGGCGGCCCCAGGGAGGACUGUGCUGCCAGCCCCAGCCUCCCACCGCUAGGCCCCCUGUGCUCCUCACCCCGAGCCCAGCCUGCGAGGGGGCUGAGGCUAGCGCCAUGCUGCGCCUGGGGCUGUGCGCGGCCGCACUGCUCUGUGUGUGCCGGCCCGGUGCUGUACGCGCCGACUGCUGGCUCAUUGAGGGCGACAAGGGGUACGUGUGGCUGGCCAUCUGCAGCCAGAACCAGCCGCCCUACGAGACCAUCCCGCAGCACAUCAACAGCACUGUGCACGACCUGCGACUCAACGAGAACAAGCUGAGGGCCGUGCUCUACUCCUCCCUCAACCGCUUCGGGAACCUCACCGACCUCAACCUCACCAAGAAUGAGAUCUCUUACAUUGAGGAUGGCGCCUUCCUGGGCCAGGCAAGCCUGCAGGUGCUGCAGCUGGGCUACAACAAGCUCAGCAACCUGACCGAGGGCAUGCUCCGUGGCAUGGGCCGCCUGCAGUUCCUCUUCCUGCAGCACAACCUCAUUGAGCUGGUGACGCCUGCCGCCUUCUCUGAGUGCCCUAGCCUCAUCAGCAUCGACCUGUCCUCCAACCGCCUCAGCCGCCUGGACGGCGCCACCUUUGCAGGCCUGGCCAGCCUCAUGGUGUGCGAGCUGGCCGGCAACCCCUUCAACUGUGAGUGCGACCUCUUCGGCUUCCUCGCCUGGCUCGUGGUCUUCAACAAUGUCACCAAGAACUAUGACCGCCUGCAGUGCGAGUCCCCGCGCGAGUUUGCCGGCUACCCGCUGCUGGUGCCCCGGCCCUACCACAGCCUCAAUGCCAUCACCGUCCUCCAGGCCAAGUGCCGCAACGGCUCGCUGCCCGCCCGGCCUGCCAGCCACCCCACCACGCCCUACGCCACCUAUGCCCAGCGGGAGCCUGAUGAGAACUCUGGCUUCAGCCCCGACGACAUCCUUUCGGCAGAGCCCCCGGCCUCGUCCACCACAGAUGCGUCCGCAGGGCCUGCCAUCAAGCUGCACCAUGUCACCUUCACCUCGGCCACCCUGGUGGUCAUCAUCCCACACCCCUACAGCAAGAUGUACGUCCUGGUCCAGUACAACAACAGCUACUUCUCUGACGUCAUGACGCUCAAGAACAAGAAAGAGAUUGUCACUCUGGACAAGCUGCGGGCGCACACCGAGUACACCUUCUGCGUCACCUCCCUGCGCAACAGCCGCCGUUUCAACCAUACUUGCCUAGCCUUCACCACGCGGGACCCAGUCCCGGGCGACCUGGCGCCCAGCACCUCUACCACCACCCACUACAUCAUGACCAUCCUGGGCUGCCUGUUCGGCAUGGUCAUCGUGCUGGGAGCCGUGUACUACUGCCUGCGCAAGCGACGCGCGCAAGAGGAGAAGCAGAAGUCCGUCAAGGUCAAGAAGACCAUCCUGGAGAUGCGUUACGGAGCUGACGUGGAGGCGGGGUCCGUCGUCCAUGCUGCCCAGAAGCUGGGCGAGCCCCCCGUGCUGCCCGUGUCCCGCAUGUCCUCCAUCCCGUCCAUGAUCGGGGACAAGCUGCCUGCCUCCAAGGGGCUGGAGGCUGGGCUGGACACGCCCAAAGUGGCCACCAAGGGCAAUUAUAUAGAGGUGCGCACGGGCACGGGUGGGGAGGGCAUGGCCCGGCCUGAGGAUGACCUCCCGGACCUGGAGAAUGGCCAGGGCUCAGCCGCCGAGAUCUCGACUAUUGCCAAGGAGGUGGACAAGGUCAACCAGAUCAUUAACAAUUGCAUCGAUGCCCUCAAGUUGGACUCGGCCUCUUUCCUGGGGGGUGGCAGUGCUGGCGGGGACCCGGAGCUGGCCUUCGAGUGCCAGUCCCUCCCUGCAGUCACUACUGCCUCCUCAGCCACCGCCCCUGGGGCACUGGAGCGACCCAAUUUCCUGUCACCCCCCUACAAGGAGAGCUCCCACCACCCGCUACAGCGCCAGCUGAGCGCUGACGCCGCCAUGGCCCGCAAGACCUGCAGUGUCUCGUCCAGCGGCUCCAUCAAGAGCGCCAAGGUCUUCAGCCUGGACGUGCCUGACCACCCGGCGUCUGCGGGGCUGACCAAGGGCGACUCCAAGUACAUCGAGAAGGGCAGCCCUCUCAACAGCCCGCUGGACCGGCUCCCGCUGGUGCCUGCGGGCAGCGGUGGGGGUGGCGGGGGCGGUGUCCACCACCUGGAGGUGAAGCCCGCGUACCACUGCAGCGAGCACCGGCACAGCUUCCCGGCCCUGUACUACGAGGAGGGCGCUGACAGCCUGAGCCAGCGUGUGUCCUUCCUGAAGCCGCUGACCCGCUCCAAGCGGGACUCCACCUACUCGCAGCUCUCCCCCAGACACUACUACUCAGGGUACUCCUCCAGCCCUGAGUACUCCUCGGAGAGCACGCACAAGAUCUGGGAGCGCUUCCGGCCCUACAAGAAGCACCACCGGGAGGAGGUGUACAUGGCCGCCGGCCACGCCCUGCGCAAGAAGGUCCAGUUCGCCAAGGACGAGGACCUGCAUGACAUCCUCGAUUACUGGAAGGGGGUCUCGGCCCAGCAGAAGCUGUGACCCUCUCCUCCCCGGUGAGGUCGGAG